AUGAAUACAUCCCCAGAGCGUGCUUUAGAGCUUGAGAAGAGCCAAACAUUCGAUGAAUAUGAGGAAGACUUAAUUCGCAGUGUUACAAAUGAUAUCAACACUGGUGUUUUGAACACUUUUGAGAACUUAGUGAAGACAAUGUCAGGAAAAACUUUUAAAGAGUUCCCAAUGGCUAUUGAUCCAAAUGAUUAUGACUUACAAACCAUCUUGGGUGCUUUUGUUAAUGAUACCACUGAAAGAGGAUUGAAGUUGAGAACUGCUGGUAUUACGUUUAAUAAUGUUUCUACUAUUGGUAAGGAUAACAGUGUUGCUUUUGCUCCAACUUUAGCAGAUCUUGCUUCUGCUCCAUUGAAUUUGGUCAAGAAAUCACCAACCAGAAAGUUAAUCAAAAACAUUAAUGGUUUCGUGAACUCUGGUGAAAUGUUGUUAGUUUUGGGUAGACCAGGUGCUGGUUGUUCAACUUUCUUGAAAACUAUUAGUGGUGAAACUCAUAAUUAUGUUGGUACUGAAGGUGAAAUUUUGUACAAUGGUAUCCCACAAGAUGAAAUGGUUAAAAACUUCAAGUCAGAUUUGAUUUACAAUCCAGAACAUGAUGAACAUUUUCCUCAUUUAACUGUUGAACAAACUUUGAAAUUUGCUGUUGCUUGCAGAACACCAAACGCCAGACCAAAUUCUUCAACUCGUGAACAAUACAUUUCCAUCAUGGUUAAUUUAUUGGCUACUGUUUUCGGUUUAAGACAUAUUUUUCAAACCAAAGUUGGUAACGAUGUCUUCAGAGGUGUUUCUGGUGGUGAAAGAAAGAGAGUUUCCAUUGCUGAAGCUUUAUCAGCCAGGGCUGCGGUUUAUUGCUGGGAUAAUGCUACUAGAGGUCUUGAUGCCUCAACGGCUUUAGAAUAUGCUCAAGCUAUCAGAACAACUACCAAUUUGAUGAAGUCAGCAUCAUUUGUCACUAUCUAUCAAGCUUCUGAAAACAUUUACAACUUGUUUGAUAAAGUUACAGUGUUGUAUGAAGGUCGUCAAAUUUAUUUUGGUCCAGUUGAGAGAGCUAGACAAUACUUCAUUGAUAUGGGGUAUGGACCAUUGAAUCGUCAAUCCACCACUGAGUUUUUAACUUCAGUUACUGAUCCACUUGGUCGUUUUGCUAGAGAAGGUUAUGAACAUAAAGUUCCUCACUCACCAGCAGAAUUUGAAGAAUAUUGGUUGAAGUCACAAGAGUAUAAAGUCCUAAAAACCACAAUCACUCAAUACAAUUCCACUGUUGAUGCUGAUGAAACUAAGAAAUCAUUUAAAAAAUCUUUAUCAAAAGAGAAGUCAUUAUUUACCAGGGCCAAUUCAAGGUAUACUAUUGACUUUGCUUCCCAGUUGAAGCUGUUGGUGAAUCGGGGUUAUCAAAGAGUAAUCAAUGAUACAGCGUUUUUGAUUAUUCAGAGUGCUUUAACAGUUAUUAUUGCGUUUAUGAUUGGGUCGCUAUGCUAUGAUACACCAAUUUCUACAGCUGGUGCUUUUUCAAGAGGUGGUUUCAUCUUCUUUAGUGUUAUAUUCUUCGUGUUCAAUACAUUUGCUGAAAUGAUUUUCCUUUUUCAAACCUGUCAAAUUGUGAACAGACAUAGAUCAUAUUCAUUUUAUGCUCCUUCCGCAGAGGUGAUUGCUGAUUUAGUUAUCAAUUUAAUUGUGAAGGUCGUCAUGAUUACCAUUUUUAUGAUCAUUUCUUACUUCUUAGCUGGUAUGAAAUAUGAAGCUGGUGCAUUCUUCAGCUUUUGGUUAUUUUUCAUUCUUACUGUGCUUGCUUUCAAAGUCAUCUUUAACUUUAUUGCUACCAUCUCCCCAACCAAUGCUUUGGCAAAUACAAUUGGAGGAAUUGUUCUUAUGGCAAUCUCUAUCUAUUCAUCUUUUAUGAUCCAAUUCCCAUCGAUGCACCCGUGGUUUUCUUGGAUCUUUUAUAUUAAUCCAUUUACUUAUGGAUUUGAAUCGGUGAUGCUUAUGGAAUUUCACGGUCGUGAAAUGGAAUGUCAACCAGACAGUUUGGUUCCUUCUGGUAUAGGCUAUGAAACUGUUGAUAGCGUCAAUCAAGUUUGUGCCUUUAUUGGUUCAGAGGCUGGUCAAACUUGGGUUAGUGGUGAUAAAUAUUUGGAAGUCGUAUAUGAUUACACUUUUGGUCACAUUUGGCGCAACUUGGGAAUAUUAAUUGGAUUUAUUUUUUUCUUUUUGUCUUUAACAGUGGUUUGCUCAGAUUAUGUUAAUUACGAUGAAGUUAAAGGUGAUAAACUUUUGUUUAAGAAAGGAAAGGUGCCAGAUGACGUUGUUCAGCCUAUGCCUACUCAUGAUGUUGAAUCUGGUAAUGUCCAAGAAGAUUCAUUAGUUCCAAUUCCUCAUAGACUUUUGAAAGAUGAAAAGCUAGGUAGUGGUGAUGUUUUUUCUUGGAAAAAUUUGGAUUAUACUAUCAAGACUAAAGAUGGGAAUUUGAGAAAACUAUUGGAUAAUGUUCAAGGUUAUAUUAAACCAGGUCAAUUAGUCGCUUUGAUGGGUGAAUCAGGUGCUGGUAAAACCACCUUGUUGAAUGUUUUGUCUCAAAGAAUUGAUAUGGGUGUUAUUACUGGAGACAUGUUGGUGAAUGGUGCUCCAAUUGAUAGUACUUUCAAGAAGAGAACUGGUUAUGUUCAACAACAGGAUUUACAUCUUGAUGAAUUAACUGUCAGAGAAUCAUUAGUGUUUGCAGCCAGAAUGAGAAGACCAGCUAAUGUUCCAGAUGCUGAGAAGUUGGACUAUGUUGAAAAGAUUAUCAAAAUCUUGGAUAUGGAAUUGUAUGCCGAUGCUAUUGUUGGUCAGAUUGGUGAUGGUUUGAAUGUUGAACAACGUAAGAAGUUAUCUAUUGGUGUUGAAUUAGUUGCUAAACCAUCAUUGUUGUUGUUUUUGGAUGAGCCUAGUUCAGGCUUGGACUCACAAUCAUCUUGGGCAGUUGUUCAAGUGUUGAGACAUCUUGCAGAAGCUGGACAAGCUAUCUUGUGUACUAUCCAUCAACCUUCAGCUACAUUGUUUGAACAAUUUGAUAGAUUAUUGUUGUUGAAGAAAGGUGGUCAAACAGUUUAUUUUGGUGAUAUUGGUGAGAGAUCUAGAACUUUGUUAAAUUACUUUGAAAGAAAUGGUGGAAGACCAUGUGGUGAAUUGGAAAACCCUGCUGAGUAUAUUUUGGAAUCUAUUGGUGCCGGUGCUACAGCUGUUGUUAAUGAAGACUGGUAUGAGAAAUGGGAAAAGUCACCAGAGUAUACUCAACUUUGUUAUGAGGUUGAUACUGUUGUCAAGACUAAAGCACCUUCAAAGACUGAAGAACAAUUGGGCUCAUCUUACUCAUCAUCUUGGCUCACGCAGCUCAAAUAUGUUCUUUUGAGAACCAAUAUUCAAUUUUAUCGUGACCCAUGGUAUCCAUUUGCUAAAUGGGUAUUGUUUAUCUUUGGCGGUUUAUUUUUUGGUUUUACUUUCUGGGAUUUGAAACACACCAUUACUGACACCCAGAAUUCCUUGUUUGUUGUUUUUCUUUCACUAAUUCUUCAUAACCCUUUGGUUAAUCAGAUGCAAGCCAAAUCAUCAAAAGCUCGUGCCGUUUAUGAAGCAAGGGAGAGAAUGAGUAAAACAUUUCACUGGUCUGCCUUGUUGCUGUCCCAAAUUCUCACUGAAUUGCCAUAUAAUUUAUUGGGUUGUACAAUUUUCUUUUGUUCUUGUUAUUUCCCUUUAAGAGCUUACCAAGGACCUUCAUUAGCUGGUAAAUAUUAUUUCACACUUGCAAUCAUGUAUGAGCUCUAUAUCACAAGUUUUUCCGUCGGUGUCUACUAUUUUUCACCAGAUUUGGCAACUGCAAAUAUUUUGGGGACAAUUUUGAUAGUCUUUAUGCUCACAUUUUCUGGUGUUGUUCAACCUCUAUCAAAUUUUCCUAAAUUUUGGACAUUUAUGUACAAAGCAUCACCAGUCACUUAUUUUGUUCAAAAUAUGGUUUCAUCUUUAAUUCAUGGAAGAGAAGUGCAAUGUUCUGAUGAUGAGUUAUCUUAUGUGAAUCCACCAAAUGGUAAGACUUGUGGUGAUUAUUUAUCUUCGUUUAUUGAAUCCAAUGGUGGUUAUUUGGUUGAUUCCUCUUCAACUGAAAACUGUGGGUAUUGUGCUUACACUGGUGCUGAUGAAUAUAUUUUCAAGACCAGAAAUAUCGAUUAUGGGACCUACUGGAGAAAUAUUGGUAUUUUCUGUGUAUUCAUCGCGUUCAACAUAUUGGGAAUGAUGGUUUUAUACUGGUAUUUUAAGGAUUUCAAGUUCAAAAGAUCGAAAGUGAAUUCUAAGAAGAGUAAUGAUCAAGAAAAAUGA